AUGGAGAGAUCCAAUUGGACUUCUCCUGUGAUGGGGUUCAUUCUCCUGGGGCUCUCUGUUCACCCAGGGCUGGAGAAGACCUUCUUUGUGCUCAUCCUGUCGAUGUAUCUGGUGAUCCUGCUGGGCAAUGGGGUCCUCAGCCUGGUGACCAUUUUUGAUUCCCACCUGCACACGCCCAUGUACUUCUUUCUGGGGAACCUCUUUUUCCUGGACAUCUGCUACACCACCUCUUCCGUCCCUCUAGUCCUGGAAAGCUUCCUGACCCCCUUGAAAACUGUACCCUUCUCAGCCUGUGCAGUGCAGAUGUUCCUCUCCCUUGCCAUGGGAGCUUCAGAGUGUGUGCUUCUGGGCAUGAUGGCAUUUGAUCGCUAUGUGGCCAUCUGUAACCCCCUGAGGUACCCUGUGGUCAUGAGCAGGUCUGUCUACGUGCCCAUGGCUGCCAGCUCCUGGGCAGCUGGAGGUGCUGUCUCCAUGGUUCAAACGUUCCUUGCAAUGAGACUUCCCUUCUGUGGGGACAAUGUCAUCAACCACUUCACCUGUGAGAUCCUGGCUGUCCUGAAGUUGGCCUGUGCUGAUAUAUCCAUCAAUGUGAUCAGCAUGGGGGUGGCCAAUGUGAUCUUCCUGGGGGUCCCAGUUCUGUUCAUCUUUGUCUCCUAUAUCUUCAUCCUCACAACCAUCCUGAGGAUCCCCUCAGCUGAGGGGAGGAAAAAGGCCUUCUCCACCUGCUCUGCCCACAUCACAGUGGUGGUCAUCUUCUAUGGAACCAUCCUCUUCAUGUAUGGAAAACCCAAAUCCAAGGACCCUCUGGGGGCAGACAAGCAGGACCUUUCAGACAAGCUCAUCUCCGUCUUCUAUGGGGUGGUGACUCCCCUGCUUAACCCCAUCAUCUACAGCCUCAGGAACAAGAACGUGAAGGCUGCUGUGAGGAACCUGCUAUUUCAGAGAAACUUCAUCAAAUGA